AUGAACGUCGAAAUCUGUUCGACGGUUAAGCUGGUCAAGUAUUUGUAUAAAUAUGUCUAUAAGGGUCAAGAUCGUGUUAGCUUCCAUAUUUAUUCCGUAAAUAAUCCUGACAACAUAGAUGAAAUAAAUGAUUAUCAGGCUGGGAGGUGGGUAGCGGCUGCUAAAGUUUUUUGGCGCAUUUAUAGGUUUAAUCUGAAUGAAAUGACUCCUGCUGUGUAUACUCUUCAAUUACAUCUUCCAGAAUUUUUUGUCUGGAAGCCUGCUAAGAAAAGAUGGACUGAACGGAAGAGAAAAAGAGUUAUUGGUGGUGUUGUAACUGUUGCUCCAAAUGAGAGAGAGCGCUACUACUUGCGACUUCUCUUAUCUCACGUUCGUGCUCCCACGUGUUUUGAAGAUCUCUUGACUGUUAAUGGAAAGCUUAUGCUCUCUUAUAGAGAAGCUGCCUUCCAAAUGGGACAGCUUCAAUCUGACACACAUCUGGAAGACACGCUUAAUGAAGCAGCAACCUUUCAGAUGUCUUCUUCAUUAAGAACUCUCUUUGCAAUCUUUCAUGAUGAGCAUCUCACAAGAGAAAUUCGGAGUGAGCUAAGCAUAAAGUUUACAGAGCAAGACUUGCUAUUGCUUUCAAAGCUAAAUAUAGGCCAAAGAUAUGCCUAUGACGUUAUUCUGCAAGAGGUUUUCUCUUCUAGAAAUACCAGUUUUUUUGUUGAUGGACCCGGCGGGACUGGUAAGACCUUUCUUUAUCGCUCUAUUCUGGCAACGCUUAGAUCCCAAGGGUUCAUAGCAAUAGUUGUUGCAUCAUCUGGAGUAGCUGCAUCUAUUCUUCCAAGAGGGAGGACCGCACACUCAAGUUUAAAUUCCCAUUGGACAUUUCUGCAAGUAAAAUCUGCCAUAUCAGCAAACAGAGCUCUAUUGCUAAGCUUAUUGUAA